AUGUAGAUUGACUGGAAGUAUUUGAUGUCAUGGAGCUAUAUCUUGUGGUUUUAUCUAUCUUUUUAAACAUUUUAUGUUACUGAUAGCACACGAAGAUGAAAACAGCAGCGAGGAAUUUAACAACAAAGAGAGGAUUUGUCUCCUUCCUUCUCUCUUUAACAGUGGUACAGGCUCAGAGUGACUGGAGAGUGACUUACUCUUCCUCUCAGAUCUGUGCUGUGGAAGGAUCAACAGUGGACAUACCAUGUUCUUACACAUAUCCAUCCAGAGGGAAUGAGCAUGACACCGUAGUUUGGAGAUCUUUCUGGUUUGUGAAAAUGAAUGGAAACGACCCUUUGGAUCUGAGAAAUGACCCAGAUUACAGAGGUCGUGUGGAGUAUCACUGUUCUGAUAACAGCUGCACCCUGAGGAUCACCAACGUCAGACAGAGCGACUCAGCUGAGUACAGAUUCAUGUUGAUGACAAACCAACCAGAGGGAGGAGUUACUGGUUCACCUGGAGUCACUCUGUCAGUCACAGCUCUACAGGUGCAGGUGAGCGGUGGAGGAUGGGUCGAGCCUUAUUACUCUGCAGUGCUGACGUGCCAUGGCAGCUGCAGACCCACUGCUCCUCUUUCUUACAUCUGGUACAAAAACGGAGAGAAAAUUCAGGAGGAAGCAUCUUCUUUCUCAGGAAGCUUAUCCUCCUCACACAGCUUUGCCUGUGCUUUAAAAGGAUAUGAGGAUUUCCCCUCACCUUCAGUGUGUGUUUAUGGUCAAACCUGCAACAGAGUGACAUACAAUGUCAGGAACAUCUGUGCCCUUAAAGGCUCAUCAGUGAACAUUUCAUGCACCUACUACUACAGCUAUGGGAGUCUUCAAUCAAAGUUUUGGUUCAGUCCUGAUCGUAGUCAUCAGUGGAAGAGUGGCACAGAGCCUGAAGACCUCAGUAAAGACCCCCAGUAUGCAGGUCGUGUCCAGAUCUCUGACACCUUGAAUGAACAGUCCUCUCUGAGAAUCUCUGAGCUGAGAGAGAGAGACUCUGCUCAGUAUCACUUCAAAUUUAAAACCGCAGACAUUGAAUGGGGGAACAGCUUCACUGGUACAACUCUGACUGUCACAGCUCUCCAGGUGAAGGUGAUCAGUGUAACAGUCCACCAGGAUUAUACUGAGGCAGAGCUGAGGUGUCACAGCAGCUGUAGUCCUGCUGGUGGGAUUUCUUAUACCUGGUUCAAGAACGGACAGAAAAUCCCAAAUGCUGAAAACUCUUCUCAUAGAGAUCGGCUUUAUCCAGGAGACUUUAUGUCUUGUGCUUCAAAAGGACUUGAAAAUUACGCCUCACCCUCUGUGUACUCCCUCUGUGUGGGUGAGUCCUGUGGAUGAAAUAACAGAGGGCAGUUCAGUCACUCUGACCUGUAGCAGUGAUGCUAACAGAGCAGCUAAAUACACCUGGUACAGGAAGAACCAAACCCU